AUGCCAUCAUUUCCUGGGAGACGACACUAUCUCAAUACAAAUAAAUGUAGUACAGAAGAAAUAAAAUUUUUCCCAUAUAAACGAAUUAUUCCACAUGGUUAUUGUAUAAAAGAUGAUUUAAAUUGGCGGCCACAUAAUUUAGCAUUAAAUCCAAUUUAUUCAGAUUAUGGAUUAGAUUGGUCAUCAAAAUUGCGUUAUAUUGAAGCAUAUAAAGAUGAAAAUAGGAAAGAUGAAAAUAUUUGGCCAGAACAUUCAAGUCAUUUAAGAACGUAUCCAGAAUUAAAAUGUCAUGGAAUGAGUCCAGAAUGGUCAAUCUAUACGGAUGGAUAUACUACUGGAAAGAAAUGUUUAUUCAAUGGAAUACAUCAACGUAGUGUUUAUUGUACAUCAGAAUAUAGUUUACAUGAUGGAUUCACGCAUAAAAGGCAAAGGGAUAUUAUAGACCAACAUAAUGGUAUAUUUAAUUCAAUGAAACCAGGAGAUAAAAGUUAUGGUUCUGUAGAAUAUUCACCAAACUUUUAUAAAAUUAAUUCAUCUGUUCCAAAAGUUCAAUUUGGUUUAAUGACACACAUUCCAAAACAAAUCGAAGUUCCAAGAUUUUCAGUUAGUCCAAUAGUACAAUCAACUGAGCAGGAAUUCAAUCAAGAUUUAACAUUAAUACGUAAAGAAUUACGUGAAUUAGAUGAAUGGAAACCAGCUCCAACUUUAACUGAAACUAUAUUGUCUGUGAAGUUUUCAAGGAAGUAGAUUAAAAACCCUUUAUAUACAAUUAUAUGAUAUACAUUACCAGUAUUGAUUUUAAAACACGUAUAUAUGCAUCUGAAUUAUAUUUGAGGAA